AUGCCUAUCCGUAACCCCUUCGCCCGCCGCCCUGGCAGCAUCGUCGUCCAGGAUGAGAACCAGCGUCCUGAUACCGCCCCCGGCUUUGAAAAGGUCGACACUGUCGGUUCCAAGGCCACUUCGGUCCUCAGCAUCCGGAAUACCAAGAACCAGGACACCGGCGAGUACAAGAUGAGUGUUGUCAAUGAUAGUGGCGUCUAUCUUCCUCCAUCCCCGACCGAGGAGAAAGGACAGUGGCCGCGCAAGUACCUUUCAACCCGCAACUCGACAGACACCCGCAGCAGCUUCGGCGAUAUUGAGCACUUCUCCAUUUCCCGAGAGUCUUUCGAUUCCUACCGCAGAUCAUUUGACAUUUCUGCGCGAUCACCAGUGCCCAACGCAGACUUUCCCCCGCGCCAGAGUCUCGAUUCUGCCCGCCUUCCUCGUCUCCCCAGAUCGGCAGUCGAGCGAUCUUUCCAUCAACCGCCCACCGCCGAGGAGCGUUUCGAAGAUGUUGGUCUAGACGACCACAAGCAGUCUCAGGCCCAGCCCCAAAAGCGCAGCUUCUUUUCCAAAUUCUCCGAGUCCCGCGAAAAGGACACCACCUCGACCCAACCCGCCGUUUCCCGCUUCCUCAUGCACGGCCGCAAGAGAGCUCAGAGUGGCCAGGGUUCAGAGCUCGGCUCCAUGGACAACAACACGAACGGGCCGCCCAAGGUGACGGUCUCGUCCGAAGGCCAGGAGAUGAAAUGAGAAGAGAACCACGACCAAAGUUUCGCCCUUGUAUGAAUGUAUUAGAGAUACCUGGAGUUUUCGUUUUCUUUACCCCGGCGUUCACGGUAACCGGGUCAGGAUCAGGGUCAGGCUAGAAACGCAUUCGUUACGGAUCCAUUGGGUACAACUCGGUUAGAGGCCCGGGGACUCUCGCUCUGUUUGACUGGAAGUGGCUAUUUGCGACUGAUGCGGCAUGAUGAACUGCCCAAGAUGAAUUGUAUGUGGCAAGGGCUAUGUCCCAAAGAGAAGGAGGAAAAUAUGAGCUACAUAAUGGUAAUGACAAGAU